AUGUCUCAUCUAGACUCCGACAAAGAUUCCCUGGAGCAGUCGCUCGCUCAGUAUGGGCUCAAAGUGGCUGCGGAUGGAUUUCAUAUCCAAUGGGCUGUGGGAAAUCAAAGACAUCCUCGAAACUGGCACAUUUCUCGAAAGGUCUACAAUGUUUCACUUCUCAUCUUUCUGGAGUUCUUUACGUAUCUACUGGGCCAGGCGCUGGGAGGUAUCGUCUUACCACCGUACUCGGAAGCAUUUGGACGGAAAAAGCUAUAUGUCAUCAGUACGGCCUUGUACAGUAUCUCAUGUCUGAUCAUCGCUACCGUACCAUCCCUCAAAGGGGUCAUCUUUGGCCGACUCCUCAGUGGGUUUCUCUCCGCAAUUCCAAGCACUAUUGUCGUUGGCAGCAUCGAGGACAUGUUUAACUCCCGAGAUCGCGUUUGGAUGAUCUGGUUCUGGGCUCUGGUGGCCAAUCUGGGCCUGGUCGUUGGGCCAAUCUUCGGUACAUUUACCACGGCAGAUCUCAAUUGGAGGUGGCUUUUCUACAUUGCCGCCAUCGUGACUGGCAUCCUAACGUUGCUGUUGCUGGGUAUCUGUGAAUCUCGGCCAGCACUCUUGCUCGAUCGAGAGGUAGCCAAGCUGCGGAAGAUAACCAACAUCGACUCCCUGGUAAGCCUGAAUCCAGACAGCGCUCCGGAUCUUCGAACCUUUGCACGUGUAGCAUUAUGCCGUCCAAUCCGCUUGUUCUUCACCGAACUCAUCGUCUUCACCGUCUCAGUAAUGAGCGCCGUGGCAACCGCCCUCGUAUAUCUUUUCACCCAGGCUCUUCCGCCCAUCUAUGAAACUCUCGGCUUCACGCCCAGACAGGCAUGUCUUCCGUUCAUCGCCAUAGGCGUGGGGCUUAGUCUGGGGUUAUUAACGCGCUACUUGGACCUGCAUAUCAUUGAAAGACGCCGCAGGUGCGGCCGCGUGCUCCAGCCCGAACACAAGCUGACCGGCUUCUGGAUCGGCUCCGGAGUGCUCGCGGGUGCGCUCUGGAUCUUUGCCUGGACGAUUCCGCCAGACGUCAAGAAUCUACACUGGAUUGUUUCUGUCUUGGCGCUGGUGCUGAUUGGAUACGCCCUGAACGAGAUCGAUUACGUUCUGAGUGGGUAUCUCGCGGACAGCUACCUCAGCUACGCUGCCAGCGGACUCGCUGCCCUCAGCCUCGUGCGGGCGCUGUUGUCCGGUAUAUUACCCCUUGUCUCGGCACCCAUGUUCGAUCGACUUGGGGCCAACGUUGCCGUCUCCCUGAUUGCGGCAAUGGCGACAGUUUUCUGCUUCGUGCCUCCACUAUUCACCCGAUUUGGGGAGACGAUUCGGGCCCGCAGCAAGUUCGCCAAGUACAGCUUGAACAUGUACCAUGAGCACAGCGUGGAUGAAAAUGGGUAUUAGAUUUCGUUUCCUUGGUAGGAGGUAGUAACUGAAUAUGAGCUACCUGGAAUCAUAUCCCUCCUUGGGUAGAUUGUAGUGAGUGUCUGUUUUUAUGUGCCACAGACUUUAUGGGUGAGCCAUGACUUGCCAACAGGGUUGCUUUUUUUUUUUUUUUUUUUUU